AUGGUUGUCUAUGGCGAAAAGGAAAACAGACCUCAGCUGACAGAGAGCCUGACAGAGAGCCUGACAGAGAGCCUGACUGAGAGCCUGACUGAGAGCCUGACAGAGAGCCUGACAGAGAACCUGACUGAGAGCCUGACUGAGAACCUGACAGAGAGCCUGACAGAGAGCCUGACUGAGAACCUGACUGAGAACCUGACAGAGAGCCUGACAGAGAGCCUGACAGAGAGCCUGACAGAGAGCCUGACAGAGAGCCUGACAGAGAGCCUGACAGAGAGCCUGACUGAGAGCCUGACAGAGAGCCUGACAGAGAGCCUGACUGAGAGCCUGACAGAGAGCCUGACAGAGAGCCUGACAGAGAGCCUGACUGAGAGCCUGACAGAGAGCCUGACUAAGAGCCUGACUGAGAGCCUGACUAAGAGCCUGACUGAGAGCCUGACUAAGAGCCUGACAGAGAGCCUGACUAAGAGCCUGACAGAGAGCCUGACAGAGAGCCUGACUAAGAGCCUGACUGAGAGCCUGACUAAGAGCCUGACAGAGAGCCUGACUGAGAGCCUGACUGAGAGCCUGACUAAGAGCCUGACAGAGAGCCUGACUAAGAGCCUGACAGAGAGCCUGACUGAGAGCCUGACUGAGAGCCUGACUGAGAGCCUGACUGAGAGCCUGACUGAGAGCCUGACAGAGAGCCUGACUGAGAGCCUGACAGAGAGCCUGACUGAGAACCUGCAGCUUUCAUAA